GACCAUCAGCGUCCUGACCUCGUGUCUCUUCACUCUCUCCCCGCGGGACAUGUCUGCUCUCAGGAUGGUGCGCGGAUGAAGGACAUCUCCGGGAUCCGGCGCGUGAUCAGUUCACUUCUCACUUCUGCACAUCACACUCUUCUCCUCUCUCUCUCUCUCUCUCUCUCUCUCUCUCUCUUUCUUUUCUUCUGUUGAAAGCGAGAGUGUGGACGAAUGAGCACACCAGCCCCGGAGUUAGUAAUAUGAACUUUCUGCCAAGUGGAAUAUGUUUCUAUUUGUCUGUGGCAACCUGCUGGUUCACAUCGAGGGUCGACUCAUCGUGGUGGUACAUGGGCACUCUGGGCUCGCAGGUGAUGUGCGACAACAUCCCGGGUCUGGUGAAUAAACAGCGGCAGAUGUGCAGGCAGCACCCCGGGGUGAUGCAGGCGAUCAGCGGCGGAGUGAACGAGUGGAUCAGUGAGUGUCAGCACCAGUUCCGCCAUCAGCGCUGGAACUGCAACACUGUAGCGAGGGAACACAGGGUGUUCGGCAAACUCCUGCACCGCGGCAGUCGUGAGGCUGCCUUUGUGUACGCUAUCUCCUCAGCAGGCAUGGUGCACACACUGACCAGAGCCUGCAGUCAGGGGGAGCUGGACACUUGCUCCUGCGACCCGGGAAAAAAGGGCUCAUCACAUGAUACCAAAGGGCCUUUUGAUUGGGGUGGAUGUAGUGACCACGUAGAUCAUGCUAUUAAGUUUGCCCAGGCAUUUGUUGAUGCAAAGGAGAAGAAGGAGAGGGAUGCACGAGCACUUAUGAACCUGCACAACAAUCGUGUAGGAAGGAGGGCAGUGAAACGUUUCCUGACUCUGGAAUGUAAAUGCCAUGGUGUGAGUGGGUCCUGCAACAUUCGGACAUGCUGGCUGGCCAUGAGCGACUUCAGACAGACGGGCGACUACCUGCGCAAGAAGUACAACAGCGCCACCCAGGUUGUGAUGAACCGAUAUGGGACGGGCUUCACCACUGUACACAGGAAGUUCAAGAAGCCCACAAAGAAUGAUCUGGUCUACUUUGAGGACUCACCUGACUACUGCAUAUGGGACCAUGAAGCUGGGUCAGUGGGCACGGCUGGGCGUGUGUGCAACCGGACUUCACAUGGAGCUGACAGCUGUGAGGUCAUGUGUUGCGGACGAGGUUAUGACACUUCCCGCGUGAGCCGCACCACCAAGUGCGAGUGCAAGUUCCAAUGGUGUUGUGCUGUUCAGUGCCGCGACUGCCAUGAAGAGGUGGACAUCCACACGUGCAAGGCUCAAUCAUGACCACUGUCAACCACGUAUGCUGGUAUUGACAAAGCACCUCUUUGUAGCACUGUAGGACUGAUCCAGGAUCAGGUUUUUGUGCCUAAAAUUAUUGCUUAUGAGGGCUAUCACAGUGCUGGUGAAGAGCUACACACUAAUCCAACAAACACACAUUUAUACAUUAUAAAACCAAUCAUUAGAAACUAGGACAAAAUAAAUGAGCUGAAAGCUUCAACAAGGCAUUGGUCUAAGCAAGUCUCUAAAA